UGAGGGGUGGUUUAGAAAAAGACAAAAAAACUAUGUGAAGAACGUGUCAUGUUUUACCUUAUAUGCAACAAACUAUAUGGAUUGUGAAUUUGAUAAUGCAUUUCUAUAUGCAACAAAGCAAAACAGAACAAAAGCAUUACCAAAGCAGAAAUGGAGCAAAACAUGGUUGAAAGAUGGGAAGGCAAGGUUUCAACCAAACUCACAAACAUCACCAAACAACAAGCAUGGUCACUCAUCAAAGAUUUUUUCAAUCUCCACAAACGUUUCCCUAAUCUCGCCACGUGUUACGGGAUCCACGGAUCUAACGGUGAGCCAGGCUGCAUAAGAUACUGUGCGGGAUUCUCUCUCCCAUCUGACGGCUCCCAAGAAGUGAGCUGGUCAAAGGAGAGAUUGGUAGCCGUUGAUGAUGUUGACUUGAGUCUCAAGUACGAGAUUGUGGAUUGUAAUAUUGGGUUUAAGUCUUAUGAGUCAAUGAUGAGGGUAAUUAGUGAUGAUGGUGAUGGGUGCAUGAUUGAAUGGUUCUUUGGUGUUGAUCCUGUUGAAGAUUUGGAGUUUGAGGAUUUGGUGAGUAAGUACCGUAUUGCCCUUCAACUUAUGGCUCACAAAAUGGAACAAGAGAUUGCAACUUCACUUCAUUCCAAUGGGAUGUAAUGGUAAUUGGGGUUUGUGCAAUUUCAGAAAAAAAAAUGUGCUCUUAUGCCACGGACACGGGUUCGUUGGUUAGGGUCCGGUGUGUGUGCGCGCGUGUGUGUUUGUCUCUGUUUGUUUUAGACCAUUUUUAUUGCAAUUGGACCGUAAUAUCCAUGGGUUGUUAUGUAAUAUAUGUUUUAGUUGUUUUUGUUUUCUACAUUACAUGUUGAUGUGAUAUGAUUGAGUCAAGUUUAUAUUCCUCUAUUAUUCACUAUUUUGUAUUUUUCUUUUAUUUAAAUCUAUUUAGAUUAUAGAGGGUUUCCUCCUGCUCCUCUUUUGCGAAAAACAA